AUGUGUCCUGUGGACACAGUCAGUGGUUCAUCAUGUAUUUUUCCAUUUAAUUAUGGCGGAAUAACUUAUCAAACUUGUACCAUCAAUGGUCCCAAUAAUGUGAACUAUCGACCACAAUGUGCUAUUGCAGUUAAUGCAAAUAAUACUGCAUUAUCAUGGUCAUUUUGUAUUGUUCCUACUGAUGCAGCUAUUUACUAUGCUACAACUCGAAAAGGUGGUUCAUCAACUUUGAAAGAUGGUAGUAUUCAAGGUGGUACGAUGAUAUGGAUAUAUGGUAAUCGAUUUGCAGAUAGUGGUUUUAGUUUAUUACCCUCUGUAUCAAAUACAAAUACAGUACAAUUCGUUAGUGGUUAUUCUAUUUAUGAUUGUGAAAUGCAUAAUGAUAAAGUAACCAGUACACAAUUGACUUGUUAUGCACCAGCCAUGCCUGAAGGUGUUUAUCAAAUUCGAGUUUAUGUUAAUAAUAAUUUAAUCCCAUCAUAUCAAUAUAUUGAUAUGAAUCGUGCGACUUUUAUACCAUCAUUAAGUUAUACACCAAUUAUUUCUGGUAUUCAACCGCAAGCUGGAACACCACAAAUAUUAAUUACAAUAACAGGUUUAUUUCGUACAGCAUGUUAUUCACGUGAUAUUGAUGGUUGUGCUCAAGAUAAUAAUCCACUUAUUUCUCGAAUUUAUUUGGGUGGUCAUCUUUGUAAUAUGAUUAAUCCAGUUACAGGAGACACUUAUGACAAUGUAACAGAUACAAGUCUUAAAUGUAAUUUUGAGGGUACUGAAGUUGGUAUAUUUAAUCUGAGCAUGCUAGUUACUAAUGAAUAUGGUCGUUCAUUAAUCAAUUCAAAUCUUUAUCGAGUAUCAGCUAUGGGUGAUUUAUACGCAUUUCAAAGCUAUGCUGUUAUCUUAAAUAUAACACCAAAUCAAGGCAGUACAGAAGGUGGUACUAAUCUAACUAUCUAUGGUAAUUAUUUCAGUGAUAGUCAACAAUAUCCAUUAGUAGUUAAAGUUGGAAGUGAAAAUUGUACAAUUUUAAGUGUAAAUCAAACAAUAAUUCAAUGUAAAACACCACAAAUACCAACGGUUACUCAAAAUCAAUAUCAAGGUAGUCGUGGUUUACAAAUUUUUCGUGAUUUGGGUGUCAUAAAUCAGGUUAAUUUAUCAAGUACUAGUCCACCAUAUCCGAGUAUCCAUGCUAGUCAAGCAUGGACAGAUGAUGCUUUAUAUGUUUCAAGUUCAUCACUAUCUGAAACAGUAUGGCUUAUUGGUUUUAUACGUGUUCCCAAAUCAAAUAAUUUUACUUUUAUUUUGGAUACCAAUGGUGCAGCAGCUCUAUUCCUCAGUACCAAUGAUAAUCCAGCUAAUAAAGUAAAAAUUUGUGAUGCAAGAAAUAUUCAAUCGAAUGUAAUAGCAUUAAAAAACGAUACAAACUAUUAUUUAUUUUGUGUUGGUUCUCGAACAAAUGGUUAUUUACGAUUAGGAAUUCAAGCACGAAUAUAUGAAACAACAUUAACGGCAGGAACGUCAAGUUUUGUUCUGAAUGAAAUUCAACAAAUUGAUAUUAAUACUACAAUUAUAUCUGAACGUCAACGAAUUGUUUAUAUAACUAAUAUAACUAAUGGAAUAUCAGAAGUUCAAUCAUUACAAGUUGAUAGUUCAACAUUUCAAAUUGGUUUUCGUGCUACUUUUACUGGACGACCAACUGCUACUACUAUUCAAACAGCUCUUAAUGAUUUACCAUCAAUUUUUCCAUUAACUGUAUCCGUUUCAGCAACAAGUACACUUUAUUUUAUAACAUUUCCAAUUGCAAUGGGUGAUGUUCCAUUACUUACAUGUAUUUCAUUAUCAUCUAAUAUACCAAAUAUAACUGAAGUUACUCAAGGUGUUAGUUCAGGUUCAAAAUUAUUCUUUUCGUUAAAUGAUCAAUUCACAAAUUCAAUUGAUUUUAUUAAUACUAAUAUAACUCAAACAAAUCUUUUAACAUUAUUCAAUAAUUUAUUUAGUAUACGUUGUCCACCAUCUAUAAAUAAUGCACAAAUAACAUCAUCAAUUGUUUAUGUACAAGAUUAUGAAACAAAUUGUAUUUAUGAUACUACACCAAUUACAAUCAAUGCAUUUUGUGGUCAAUGUUCAUAUAUUGGUAAUGUACUAAUUAAUGGAAAUACUCGAUCAGGAAAUUAUUUAUGUUUUGCUUAUCGUUUACUGAAUAAUUAUGUUACUUCUAUUAUGACAAGUGUACAAAUUAUCGGUGAUACAAUACAGACAAUUUGGCAAGAAAUUCCAUUUACAACAAUAGCUGAUCAUAAUUGGCAUUAUACAUGUAUUGACAUACGUACUAAACUUAUAUCUCAAUCAGCGAUUGCUUCAUCUGUUUCAUCAAUUAUAAUUACUUAUGCAGCACUCAGUCGUAACAUUAAUAGAGGUAUUAUUAUUGAUACAGUAUCAAUACGAACAGUAUUACCUUAUGGAUAUGACAAUAUAAGUUCUUAUUCAAAUAUUCAAUCACUAAAUUCAUCAUGUAUUUUUCCAUUUUAUUAUAAUGGAAAAAGUUAUUCAACAUGUAUAUUAAAUGAAAACGAUAUACCUAUUUGUGCUGAUAGUUUUAAUCAAACAUAUUCAUGUUUUAGUUCAGCUAUGGAAGGUGUACGAAGACUUUAUCCGAAACAGCAAUUAGUUUAUAAUACAUUAAAAGUUCAAUAUACACCAGCUAAUUCGACAAUUGAUGUUUCUUUUCGAUAUAGUGAUUGUACAAAUCCAUCACUUUUGAAUGCAAUAAUAACACGAAUAACAACAGCAUCUAGUCCUGCGAGUGGUACAUUUGAUCUUAUCUUUAAUGGACAAACAUAUUCAUCAAUUCCAGUUGAUAUUUCAACAUUAGAUUUAACUAAUCGUCUUCAAUCAUCAUCUGAUUUUGGUUUUUUAAAUAUAACACGUUUACAUGAUUGUACAGGAUAUUCAUAUAGAAUUGAAUGGUUAAAUAAUGGUGGUAAAAAAACACCUAUAUCAAUUGCAAAUAUUGAUUCUAUCUCACCAAAUAAUACAACAAUUACAGCAUCUGUUAUACAAUCAGGUGGAAUCAUUUAUAAACCAUUACCAGGAGAUAUGACACGAACAUAUCAUACAAAUCCUCAGAUAGAAGUUUUCGUUGGCGGUUAUUCAUCCAAAUGUUCCAGUAGUAAUGCAUGUGACUUUCAAUGGUUAUCGACUCAAACACCAUCUGUAUCUUCAAUUGAACAAGAUGAUAUGACAUUGACUAUUAUUGGUACGGGCUUUAGUACAACAGCAAGUUCAAAUGAAAUUAUUAUUGGAACAGAGGGUUCGUGUACUAUAAUAUCGGCUACAACAACAUCAUUAAUAUGUACAAUUAUCGGUGCUCCAUCAGGAACUUACACUAUACAAGUGAAUGUUGCUGAUAAAGGUUUAGCAACAGGUACUUCAAAUCUUACAAUAACAAUACCACUUGAAAUUAUUUCAAUUUCACCAAUAGAAGGAGGAGCAGGCGGAGGCUACACAAUAAUCUUGACAGGAUCAGGAUUUUCAUCAUCAUCAAUAGUUACUAUCGAUAAUAAUUUAUGUACUGAUCUUAUAAUGUUUAAUUUUUCUUCUAUAACAUGUACUGUACCACCUACGACUGCUAUUAAUGAUAGUGAAGUAUCUGUGAUUGUUACUGAUGGUUCUAAUUUCAUCAGCGCAUCUACUCAAUUCAUAUACAAUGUUACUAAUACACCUUCAAUUACAUCAGUUAGUUCUAAUGUUGUGAAUACAGCUGGUGGUCAAUUGACUAUUAAUGGAACAAAUUUUGGUACUAGUUCAGUUUCUGUAUUUAUUGGUACAAUAAAGGCAACUGUUAUUUCAAUAUCAUCUACUCAAGUUCUUGCUAUUCUACCUUCAUUAGCUCCUGGUAUUUAUCCCAUGAAAGUUUCGACGAUAAAUGGUUAUGCUCGCCCAUUAGUACAAAUUGAAUAUCGUUUCUAUAUUCAAAAUAUUUCACCACAAAUUGGUUCAUUAUAUGGUGGAACUGAUGUCUAUAUACAAGGAGAAGGUUUUGAUGAUUCAUCUGUUGUUACAUUUACUGAUGAUAAUAAUAAUAAUAAUAACAAUAAACCAUGCACUAUUGUUUCUAUUGAAUCAAAUCAAAUUCAUUGUCAAACAACUAGUGCUAUAUCUCGUGUUAUUAUCACAUCAGAUGGUAUUGAUCCAAUAUAUGGAAGUGGUUUUGCUUGGUCACCACAAUAUCUAACAGUACAACAGGGUACUAUUGUCGAAUGGCAAUGGAAUACAUCAACUCUUUUAUCAACACUUGCUUAUAAAGUACAACAAGUAGCUAAUGGUUAUGAUACAGAACCACUACCUGGCGGAUUUGAUUCAGGGAAUGCAACAUCAUCAGGCAACUAA